AUGUUUUUGCCCGGUCGUGCGGCACAGCAAGAAAAGCAGGAGAAAAGACUUGUGUUGAAGCAGAUUGAACAAUGGUGUGAACUUCUCGUGCCGGAACGGCUGCGUUCUGACGUUGUCGUCAGCGUUCAAGAAGUUCAGUGCGGAGAUCCGCAGUGUUCUCCGAUUGAUACCGCCAUUACGAUCGUGUUCGAAAGUGGUGGUCAAGGCAUGAUGGGACUACCAAUGGAAGCCAAAGAGGUCACCGAGGAGGAAUUACAACACGUGUUCCCACCAGCAGAGAUUCUGGAAAAGUGGUACAGAGGUGAGGACGCGGAGUGGCCCGUAGAGGAGCCUUUAGAACUACGAUUCGAGGUGGGAUUUCAGGUUCUCUGUCGCGUGGGGCCGACGGAAUGGGCACCGGGUGUAGUCAAGGAGCUGUGGUACCGAGAACCGUCGUGGCCAGAAGGCAGCUUUGCUCCUUACAAAAUUCGAUUGGGAGAUGGAAGGGAUAUUUACGCACCAGCUGAUGUCGACCAGAUUAUAAGGCUAAAUCCAGCUGUGGAACAACCGAAAAUAGCCAAUAAUACGACAGCUUUGUCGAACAGAGAAGCAGCGACUACAACCGAAUAAUCGUAUGUGGCCAUGUGUUGGAAAGUAAAAAGACCAUGUAUGGAUUUAAGA